AUGUCAGGAAUCCUUAGGAAUUCAGGGCAAAACCACCACCCCUCGCAGGAGUACAGGCUCCUGGCUUCAGACCCGUCCCAGCUGAGCGAGGAUGAGCUCCCGGGGGAUUUGCAGUCCCUGUCCUGGCUGACAUCCGUGGAUGUGCCUCGGCUCCAACAGAUGGCCAGUGGGAGGAUGGAUUUCAGCCUGGGGGCCCAGAACGCCAUGCUCCAGCAGACAGGUGCUGUGGGGAGCACGAUGCACUCGACAGCCGGAGCAAUGAUCCACGUCCAGGCCAGUCUCCCACAGGGAAUCCUGGGCCUCAAUUCCAUUUCAACACACGGAGCCAAUAUGAGCCCCUACGCCGUGGGUGGGCAACUGUCCCCUGGUUUGCAAACACAGCAACAGCUCUUCCCUCCUCCUCCUCCUCCUCCUCCUCCUCCUCCUCACUCCCAGCAGGUGUUUGCCCUGGCCCAGAACCCCCAGCAGUGUAACCCAGCAGCAAUCUACAACACAUCCUAUGGGGCACAGCCACACUAUUCCCAGCCACGCCUGGCUCCCCAGUCUGCCCAGGAGCUGCAUCCAAAGCAUUAUCCCAAGCCCAUCUAUUCCUACAGCUGUUUGAUCGCCAUGGCGCUGAAGAACAGCAAGACCGGGAGCCUGCCCGUGAGUGAGAUCUACAGCUUCAUGAAGGAGCACUUCCCUUACUUCAAGACAGCCCCUGACGGGUGGAAGAAUUCCGUGCGCCACAACCUGUCCCUGAACAAGUGCUUUGAGAAGGUGGAGAACAAACUGAGCGGGACCUCCCGCAAGGGCUGCCUGUGGGCCCUCAACCCCGCCAAGAUCGACAAGAUGGAGGAGGAGAUGCAGAAGUGGAAGAGGAAGGAUUUGGCUGCUAUUCACAGGAGCAUGGCUAACCCAGAGGAGCUGGACAAGCUGAUCACUGACAGACCUGAGAGCUGCAGGCGGCCCAACAAGCAGGCAGAGCCCGAGGGGCCCCCCCUGGGCCGGAUCUCCGUGUCCCAGCUCCAGCCCCAGCCCAUCAUGACGCUGUCCCUGCAGUCCCUGCCCCUGCACCACCAGCUCCAGACCCAGGCUCGCCUCGCCCCCAACUCGCCAGCCCCUGCACAAACGCCUCCUCUGCACACCCUGCCUGACAUGAGCCACAGCCCCCUGCCCCACCAUCCCAUGGGACGCGCCCCGGACUUCCCGAACGUGGCGGUGGACAUGAGCACGGAGGUGGACGCUCUGGAUCCAAGCAUCAUGGAUUUCGCACUGCAAGGGAACAUUUGGGAAGAGAUGAAAGAUGACAGCUUCAGCCUGGACACCCUGGGUGCCUUCAGCAACUCCCCCCUGCAUCUCUCCGACUGCGAGCUGGGCACGCCUGGCCUCACGCCCGUGUCCAGCGGCAGCGACCGCUCCUUCUCCGACCUGCAGGUCACUGGCCUUUACACCACCUACACCACCCUGGACAAUGUGGCAGCUGCUCAGUACAUGAACCCCCAAGGCAACAAACCCAUCCCUCUGCUCUGAGCUUGGCCCUGCUCCACGGACCCCGAGGGACGGUUCUUCCCCGCGGUUAAAAUCCGACCGGGAAGCUCCAAGAGCUCGUCCUGCUUUGGGAUGUGUUGGCUGCUUCCAGCAUGUGAGGCCAAAAUAAAUCAAGCUGGGACUUGGUAGAACCACUUUCCCCCAUGGAAAGG